AUGAGUUUGUUACCUCAGUUGACAACUUCUUCCACUACAAUUUCAACAACAAAUAUUUUACCCACUUUUUCUCUUCCAACAUCAACUUCGUCAACUAUUUUUACAACAGCUACAACUAGUGUACCGAUAACGAGUACUACAACUCUCACAACAUCCACAACAGCUGCGGCAACCGCAACUAAACCAGUUCGUACAUUUCGUGAUUUUGAACGUUUAUUAACAAAAUGGCAACAAGAUUUUGAUGUUAAACAUCGUAUUAGCUAUGAUGAUUUAGCACAAUCAAUUCGUCAACGUGAUGCCGAUUUAUCUCAAUAUCGUGAAACAUUACAAUUAUUACAGCGUGAUGUUAAUCGUAUGACAACACAUCAAUCACAUUUACAAGAAGAUUUAAAAUUAUUAGAUGCUCAUGAAAAAGAAUUGGAAACAAAUAUAAGUAAACUCGAGUCGGACAUACAAUUAUUACCACCACUGAGUUCGUCUUAUCAACAAUUAACACCAUUUGAUUCAUCUACAACAUUAACAGAACGAAUAAAAAAUUUUGAAAUGUUGGAAAAUAUGGAUAGUCUUGUCAAACGAUCAAUUAAAGAUUUAAAUGAUAUUGUGGAAAAAAUGAAUGACAAUGAGAAUAUUGAUGAUAUGAAUGACGAUAUCGAACAACAUUCAAAUGCUACAAAUGGUACUACUACUACAGAUAAUAAUAAUAAAUCGACGAUAGUAAACAAUGAACAAAGUGUAAAACAAGUAACAAAAACAUUAAAUUCAUGUUUCAAAAUGCUGAAUUUUAUUGAAAAAAAUGUACAAGAUAUUGAGCUAAAAGUUUCACAAACAAAUCGAUUAAUGACAUAA